AUGGCAGACUUUGACGACAGCACAAUGGCCUGGAGCGAAUCUCCAAAUGCAGCGGGUGACGACGACGACUUUGGCGGGUUUGGCGAUUUCGGCCAGGAGACUGGUGCUGACAAUACCGACACUGCUACUGACUUUGACGAUUUCGGCGAUUUCGACGAUUUCGACAGCGCACCUGUCUCCGAGCCUGACCCAGCCCAGCCAGCAGCAGCGCCAUCGGUGGCUCCCACUGCUGACCCAGUUCUGUCAGCAGCACAGGCGCUGUUCAACGGGGCUACAGGCGAUUCUGAGCAGACCGAUAUUGUGCAGCAAUGUCUUGAGCUAGCCUUUGGCAGCACAGAGGUUGUCGAGAUCGAUACACACACCGGCAGCACCGUGACAGCCGCAGCCGAUACUGUCAGCAUAGACAGCCUGGAGCGCAGCCUGCGAAAGUGCACUCCAGACGCUUCUGAAUCGCGGCUGCUCCGGAACCUGGUAUGGAUCGCGCUCGCUGCCAAUGUGCCCGAGGAGUUUAAAUCCGACCUUCUCACUCCGCUGUCUGUGCUGCGCGCACAGGCCCGCGGCGACAACCAGGGUGCACAGGAAUUGGAUCCACUCACUAUCGAGGACAUCCGGCUCAUCGCGACAGGCACGUCCGAUGCCCAGGACGAGGAUAUUGCGCGGGCGCUGCAGUCGAUUGACCAGCUCAUCAAGGCAAGGAUGGGCGAGGUUGCAAAGAAAAAGGAGGAGAUUGAUACAUAUAACCAGGUCAUCCAGACCUUGGUCGCCCAGGCGUCGAAACUACACUAG